UCAAUCAGAUUGAUUUGAUUAAUAAUUCGUUAACAAAAAUGUAUAAUUCAACAUUGUUUAUCAUGAUUUUGGUCAUUAUUGUCAAUACCUGUAUCAAUUUGGUAUUAUCAUCAUCAUCCAAAAAACCAUGGGAUCCAGUACCACAAUAUAUACCAACAUAUCAAUCCAAACAUCAACAAUUAUUAAAUCAAACCAAACAAUUUGGUAAGAAAAUACAGAUAGUUUUCCUUGGUGAUUCUAUCAUUGAAAAUUGGUUGAAUAAUGGUAAGAAAGUAUGGCAACAAUUUUAUGAAAAACGUCAAUCAUAUAAUUAUGGUAUUGGUGGUGAUCUUACACAACAUAUAUUAUGGCGUAUUGAUAAUGGUGAAUUGGAUGGUUUACAGCCAAAACUAUUGGUUUUAUUAGUCGGUACAAAUAAUGUUGCUAAUCAUGAUAAACCAGUGGAUGUUGGUAAAGCAAUGCAAUUAAUAUUGAAAAAAUUAUUAACGAAAUUAUCGAAUGUAAAAAUAAUAUUGAUGAGUGUAUUUCCACGUGGUGGUCAAAAGGAUGAUCAACAAGUUGAUGAAAUUAAUGAAAUUAUUAAGAAAAAUUCAGAUAAUUCAAAGGUAUUUUUUCUAGAAGUAACGAAAAAAUUUCGUACAAAUGUUGGACAAUUGAUUGAAAAACUUUAUAUGCCAGAUAAAUUACAUUUAUCGGAAGAAGGUUAUAAAAUGUGGCAAAAAAUAAUGCAACCAAUGUUUGAUAAGCUGUUAAAAUAG